AUGACGGCAGAGGAGAACUGGCGCGGACUCUCGCCAGCCGAGAAGUACGACAUCGCCUUCAACGACUGGACGCCAGCAGAAGGGUUCACCGACCUCUCGCCGUUUAACCCACAAACCUGCGAGUUCGACGCCGCUUACUACGACGGCCUCGGCUCGGCGGCGAAGUGGACGCACGAGAACAAGGGCAUCGCGCCGAUGACCAACGGCAUCGACGACGACAACGACGGCGUCGAGGAUGCGCAAGAGUGCGAGCAAAACCGCGAGGCUGACCGCGCCGACUUCGACCGCAUCGAGACCUGGUGGGGCAUCUGCCACGCAUGGGCACCCGCGGCUCUGGUCGAGCCAGAGCCGCUCGCGCCAGUGACACGCAACGGCGUGACGUUCGACGUGAGCGACCAGAAGGGCCUGAUCAUCCAGCAAUGGGAUCGCACCUCGGCUUACAUGGUCGGCGGGCGCUGCAACGAGGACGAGCUCGAGCGCGAUGAUACGGGCCGCAUCACCGUGGAAGAGUGCCGCGACUUGAACGCUGGUAGCUGGCACGUGAUCGUGACCAACUUCAUCGGCCUCAACCGCAAGGGCAUCGUCAUCGAGCGCACGACCAACUACGAGGUCUGGAACCAACCUCUGUUCGGUUACAAGAUCGACGAGCAACGCGAGAUCUCGCAACAAGAGGCGCUCACCCUGCUUAACCUCGACACCGAGGUCGUGACGGGAGAAGAGACCGGCGAGUUCGUGCACGAGAUCGAGGAAGGCAGCGCGAAGGCCAAGGGCGUGCUCGAGCUUGUCAACAAGGCAGACCUCGAGAUGCUCGACGAUGACGCCGCGCUCUACUCGACGGCGGCAAAGAACAUCAUCGCCCACCGCGACGGUGAGGACGCGACGCCCGGCACCGCCGAUGACAACCUGUUCGACACGCUGGCAGAGCUCGACGAGGUCUCGUAUGUCGGCUCGGCCGCAUUCGGUCAACUGCUCGGCUACGCCGUCGCCAACGGAUACGUCCCCGGCGCGGAGUACAAGUAUAACCCAGACGCCGAGCGCUUCAUCGAAGUCCGCAUGACGACGGACUGGAUCACCGAGCAGCACCAGUCGGCUGAUCGCACCGACACGAUCAUCGACCGCUACACGAUGCACGACAGCUACCACUACAUCCUCGAGCUCGACGCGGAAGGGAAGAUCAUCGGCGGCGAGUGGGUCGGCGACUCGAACCUGAACCACCCCGACUUCGUGUGGCUGCCGACGCGCGCCAUCAGCGGCAACCCGAACAUCGACAUCGAGGUCGUGCGCGACAUCAUCGCGGAAGGCCGUCAGUCGGUGCUCGGCGAUGACGAGCCAGAGACCGAGGCGCUCUCGUUCAGCAGCGACGAGAUCGUGCGCAUCCCCGACAAUGAUCCUGCGGGCGCCGUCUCGACCAUCGAGGUCGACCGCGUGGGCACGGUCGAGAGCAUCACCAUCAACGCCAACGUCGAGCACACCUACCGCGGUGACAUCUACCUCGAGCUUCGCCAUGGCGGCGUCGCGAUCAACGUCUUCAACGGUCACGAGGUCGACUCCCCAUGGGAUGACGACAUCGCGCUCGAGGCGGUCGAGGUGCACGGGUUCGAAGGCGCCAACCUCUCGGGUGAUUGGGAGCUCUUCGCGGUCGACACCUACGGCUACGACGUGGGUCAGAUCAUGAACUGGUCGAUCGACUUCACUGGCAACGCCAAGCGUGCCAUCUCGACAGGGCUGACCAUCCUCGGGUUGGCGGUGUUCGUCGGUGGCCUGGUGGCCAUUGUCACGCAGUGGCUCAACGAAACUGUCCGAAAGCUCGAGAUGGGCCUGACACCAGUAUCACUGGAAGGACACGUGGUGUUGCUCGGCUGGACGGACCGCACGGUCGGUAUCGUGCGAGAGCUGGUUCGCUCCCAGGAUCGCGCGCGCCAGCUGAUCCGCUUCAAGAAGCGCAAGCAGCUCUCGAUCGUGGUGCUCGCCGAGGAGCUCGACGCAUCCCUGCUGCACGAGUUCAAGACACAGCUCGGGGAGGAUUGGGACAACAGCCUGAUCACGUUGCGAAGCGGCACGCCGCUUCGCAACGAGCACCUGGACCGCGUCGACUUUCUGCGCGCGGCGGUGAUCGUCCUGCCCGGGGCAGACUUCGCAGAAGAUGGCCCGGACGCCGUCGACACGCGCACGAUCAAGACGAUCCUCUCGAUCAAUCAGGCCGCCGCCGUGGUCGAGGAUCGCGAGGAUCUCCCGCUGCUCAUCGCCGAGAUUCACGACUCGCGCAAGGUCUCGCUGGCGAGGCGCGCCUAUCGCGGCGAGAUCGAAUUGCUGGCGAGCGACCGCACCACGGCAUGUCUUAUCGCGCAGAACACGCGCCACGAAGGGCUCUCGUUCAUCUACCGCGAAUUGCUCGAUCAGGAAGGCAACGAGCUCUACAUCCGCAAAUGCCCGGAGCUGUUGGGCAAGCCGUUUCACGCGGUCGGCGCACACUUUCCCUGGGCGAUUCCGAUCGGCGUGGUUUACCGCGAGGGAGAGCUCUGGCGCUCGCACCUCUGCCCCAAGUUCGACUACGUCCUCCAGAAACAGGACCACCUCGUCUUUGUCUGCGAGACGCUGCAAAACUCCGAACCGGUCCUGGUCGAUGUGACGCCCUACCCCGAGCUCGCCGAGAUCAAGACCUACAAGGAAGAGGAGCCUCCGAUACGGCGCGUGCUGGUGCUCGGCUGGGGGCACAUGUUGCCAGCGUUGCUCGAUGAGUUCGACGGGUUCACCUUCCAGAAUCACGAGGUGACGAUCCUCUCUGCGGUCCCGCUGGAGAAGCGCGAUCGCGAGUUCCAGGCAUACGGCAUGGAUCUCGAGCGCGUCACCGUGGAGCAUAUCGAGGGCGAUUACACUCUGAUGACGGAUCUGGAGCGCGCCGACCUGGAGAACUUCGAUCAGGUGAUCAUGCUCGCGAGCGAGUGGGUGACCUUGAGACCAGAGCUUCGGGCAGUCUUCGACACGUUAUUUGGCUCGAGGCCGCCGAUGUUCGACUUUCGCCCCGCCGCGUCCUACCCGGACGUGAUCGGCGAGGAGCUCGAAUUCGAGGCGCUCCAGCGAAUCGCGAGGAAGUAUGAGGAGAUCGCUAUCGGCGUGCGCGUCGAACCUGUCGAGGGAGAUGAUCAGGAAACCAACGGCGGCGUGAUCCUCAACCCGGACAAACACUCGAGCUGGAAGCUGACAAAGAAGGAUGACCUGAUCGUGUUGAUGCGCAGCGUAUCUUUUCUUCAUCAUCGCACGCGUCCACGGAAAGGUCUCUUGAGCAAACAAUCUCGCCAACUCGUCAUCAUCCUCGGGCUCGGUUUUCUCCUCACUGUUUUGGCCUGUGGUGGGUUGCUCGCGAUCGGCGUCUACGGAGAGCGCGAGGUCGAUGUCCCCUCGACACAAGAGCAGCUCCUUAUCGGGCCAGCAGAUCUCGCGCCGUACACGUACACGUACACGGACCUCGACGUCGACGCGAGCAAGACCGAGAUCAAGAAGGUCGAGCACGUCCUGGGCUUUACCGAGCUGACGUUGACCUUCGAGCACGAGAGCGAGGACGAAUUCAUCUUCAUCUUCACCCGGCUCUACAAGGACACGAACAAGGCAGAUCUGAUGAACGACUUCACCAUGGAGUGGGGAUUAAACGAUCUGUUUCUCCAGGAUGGCGUGGAGCUCGUCAAGACCGGGGACUACGCGUGCUGUGAUGACUCGAGGUUUGGCUACUACACCUACCAGGGAGAUCGCAUCGGCGCCCUCUUCAUCGCCAGACAAGGGGACUUCGUCUACUCCGUGGAUAUGUACGGAUUGCAAAUCGUCGACAUCGAAGGACUCUCCGAGCUGCUCGAUGAAAAGAUCAGCGAGAUUUCGAAGCUCCAACACUUCUGA